UGGGCGGGGCAGGCGCGGGCGGCGGCGCAGAGACCAGCGCGGGUGGAGGGCGCGGACCGACCGGGCGCACCGACCAUGGCCUCCAAGUGCCCCAAGUGUGACAAGACCGUGUACUUCGCCGAGAAGGUGAGCUCCCUGGGCAAAGAUUGGCACAAGUUCUGUCUCAAGUGUGAGCGCUGCAACAAGACACUGACCCCCGGUGGCCAUGCUGAGCAUGAUGGGAAGCCCUUCUGCCACAAGCCCUGUUAUGCCACACUGUUUGGACCAAAAGGCGUGAAUAUAGGAGGUGCUGGUUCCUACAUCUAUGAGAAGCCUCCGACUGAGGGUCCUCAGGUCACUGGCCCCAUCGAGGUCCCUGUGGUGCGAGCUGAGGAGCGGAAGACCAGCGGACCCCCCAAGGGUCCCAGCAAAGCCUCUAGUGUCACCACAUUCACCGGGGAACCCAACAUGUGUCCUCGAUGCAACAAGAAGGUGUACUUUGCUGAGAAGGUGACUUCCCUGGGCAAGGACUGGCACCGGCCCUGCCUGCGCUGUGAGCGCUGUUCCAAGACGCUGACCCCAGGUGGGCACGCUGAGCAUGACGGCCAGCCCUACUGCCACAAGCCUUGCUAUGGGAUACUCUUCGGACCCAAGGGAGUGAAUACUGGUGCUGUGGGCAGCUAUAUCUAUGACAAGGACCCGGAAGGCGCCGUUCAGCCUUAGAUCUUCAGAUGCUGGCCCCAGGGCCCCUGUUUGACCCUGAGGGAAAGUGACCUGUUGCCUAGUCCUGCCUGUGUGUCUUGCCUGCAAACCCAGGUCCUACAUGCUGGAGAAGGAAGCCUGGGUAGUCUCCAGAGAAGCCCCACACGUUAUCUCUAUUUCUUUGUGUAUCACCUUGGCAUAUUCUAUUUUGUCCACUACCCACUUUGUGUCUGUGUGUCUCCAUAGCCCCACAUGUCCUGUGUGCCUGUGACCAGCAUUCUCUCCGUCCCUGUGUCCCCAUGUUCCCAAGGUGGCUGUCCUGUGACAUCCCUGUUGCCCACCCCUGCCCACCAGUGUUAUUUAUGCUCUGCUUGCCGGUGAUGGCCAUGAGCCCACAGCAUCCCAGGGUGAGGACACUCCUGUAGGGAGCCCUCUGCUGGUUCCCACACUACUCCCUACCUGCUCCUCACGCAGUUCACAGCUAUGGAGACUUUCGCUGUCAAUAAAUGGUUUGGUUUGAGGA